AGUUCCGUGGCAGAGCAGAGAGAGACACACGGGACUGGUGUGGAGACAUUUGAAAGAGUUCGGUGCUUUUGACGUGACCAGAGUUUUAGCUCUCUGAACUUUUGACUGACUACCGACUUUAUUUUGUGAGUCUCUUUAAAUUUCAGCCUUGUCUUUCGAGUGCUUUUAAGGCACCACUUUUAAGUAGUUUGAAUGUAUAACAUGAUGGAAACCGAGAUUAAAAGCCCCCUUCCGCAGUCCAACACGGGCUCGGCGGCGGGCGGCAAAAACAACAGUGCCAACGACCAGGACCGGGUGAAGCGGCCUAUGAAUGCUUUCAUGGUGUGGUCUCGCGGUCAGCGGAGGAAGAUGGCACAAGAGAAUCCUAAAAUGCACAACUCUGAGAUCAGCAAGCGCCUCGGUGCUGACUGGAAACUUUUGACUGACGCCGAGAAGAGACCCUUCAUUGACGAGGCCAAGCGGUUACGAGCCAUGCACAUGAAGGAGCACCCGGAUUACAAAUACCGUCCCCGCAGGAAGACCAAGACCCUGCUGAAGAAAGACAAGUAUUCCUUGCCCGGAGGACUCUUGGCGCCCGGUGCCAACUCUGUCAACAAUGCCGUCUCGGUGGGCCAGCGGAUGGACUACACGCACAUGAACGGCUGGACGAACAGCGCCUACUCCCUCAUGCAGGACCAGCUGGCCUACUCUCAGCAUCCCAGCAUGAACAGCCCCCAGAUUCAGCAGAUGCACCGGUACGACAUGGCGGGACUUCAGUACCCGAUGAUGUCCACGGCCCAGACCUACAUGAACGCGGCGUCCACGUACAGCAUGUCACCAGCAUACACGCAGCAAACUUCCAGUGCAAUGGGUCUGGGCUCCAUGGCUUCAGUGUGCAAGACGGAACCCAGCUCUCCUCCUCCGGCCAUAACCUCUCACUCUCAGCGUGCUUGUUUGGGAGACCUGAGGGAUAUGAUAAGCAUGUACCUGCCGCCCGGAGGAGACAGCGCCGACCACUCCAGUCUACAGACCAGUCGGUUACACAGCGUUCAUCCGCACUAUCAAAGCGCAGGGACUGGCGUGAACGGAACGCUACCCCUAACCCACAUUUGAAAGACUCCUAAAAA